CUGUCUUGCCGCUGUUAGGCGGUGUAUGUGGAUUCGUAGCUGUAGCCGCGGGACUAUUCUCUUCCGCAUCUUUUGCUUCCUUCGUAGCACGUGGUCUGACUGGGCUUCAUUAACCUCACUCCAACGUGGAGUCAAACCGCUGUGCUGCGAUACAUACCUCCUCCAUAUACAUAUUCCGUAUCAUUGGGAUCUUUUGACUCGAACAUCGCGACCACGUGGGCUGAUUGACUGUGUCUGCUGUAAUAUCACUCUGUAUCCAUCUGUUAGAGAAAUUUGCUCGAGAAAUGAGGAGUAUUUAUACUACAGAUACGGCUCGCGUCCACGAAUUGCAGCAAGGGCGCUCCAUGCCUUGAUCUAG